UUGCAAUAUUGAGUAGAGAGAGACGAGAGAGAAGUUGAGUUUGGAGGUGCAGAGAGAGACAGAGAGAGAGAGAGAUCGUAGCGCAUCGCAACGACUCAGUCAAACACCCUGUAACACUUUAUUUCAAUUCUUACUUUCUCCGAUCGCAUCGCUCGCCACCGCCAUGCCUUCCCGAAGAAGAACUCUCCUGAAGGUCAUCAUUCUCGGUGACAGUGGGGUGGGGAAGACGUCUUUGAUGAACCAAUAUGUGAAUAAGAAGUUUAGUAAUCAGUACAAGGCAACCAUUGGAGCGGAUUUUUUGACAAAAGAAGUGCAAUUCGAAGAUAGGCUUUUCACCUUACAGAUUUGGGAUACAGCUGGCCAAGAAAGAUUCCAAAGCCUUGGAGUUGCUUUCUAUCGAGGUGCUGAUUGUUGUGUUCUUGUAUAUGAUGUUAAUUCAAUGAAAUCAUUUGACAACCUUAACAACUGGAGGGAGGAAUUUCUGAUUCAAGCAAGUCCUUCCGAUCCCGAGAAUUUUCCUUUUGUUGUCAUAGGAAACAAAAUAGAUAUUGAUGGUGGGAACAGCAGAGUGGUGUCAGAAAAGAAGGCUCGGGCUUGGUGUGCAUCAAAAGGAAAUAUUCCAUAUUUUGAGACAUCUGCCAAAGAAGGCAUUAAUGUUGAAGAAGCAUUCCAAUGCAUAGCAAAGAAUGCCCUGAAAAGUGGAGAAGAAGAAGAAUUGUAAGUUCCUAUAUCUGAGCAUCUCUUCUUUCGUAUUUUAAGCUUGUUGUUUGUAAAGUGCAUGUUUCUGUUUUUAAUUUGUUGGUAAAAUGGAUUUUUUUUGUAAUAUUGAAAGAUCGUUGCUUACCAUAAUCACGACUGCUUCGGGAUUUAGUUUUGGAGAUGCUAGUUUGUUUAAUAUGAUUAAGUCCUGCAAUUGGUUUUUGUUGUGUAUUUUGUUUGCAGUAUUUCUAUUUCUUGGUUAUGGUUCUUAUUAUUUGAAACUUCAUUUAUUCAUUCAUGUGUUAUUAAUAUUAAUUUUGGGUUUUGCUGUCCGUGCUUAUUGAAGAUACCUGCCAGACACAAUUGAUGUUGGAAACAGCAGUCAGCCACGGGCAACAGGGUGCGAGUGCUGAAUAUAUAGGUUUUCUUUU